AUGAUGCGUUUCAACGAUAAUCGAUGGAGCAGAGCCGUAGGCGACUGGAUACCAUGCAACAUCAAACGCACCGCAGGAGGACCGCUGACCCAUUGUUGGGAGCUCUUCACGAAGUUCUUCAAGGAAAAGUACGAUGAUCUUCGGGUCUUUCGCGAGAAGAGAAGCCAUUGGGCAAUCCUUUUUCGCGAUCGGGACAAAUGGAAGUAUUACUUUUGCCCGCUCGAGCAAAUCGAUAAAAAAACGGGAGCACAGGAAAAAAUCUCUAAAGAGAUGAGGUCGUCGUUCGCUUUGGUUGGUCUGUUGUUCACUGUUUUUGCAUACAUUGCAAAUGCGUGUCAGAACCUACCAGCAGAACAGAGGCUCGGAGGAAGAGUUUACAAAUUAUACAAUUACCAUGAAUGUCAAGGAUAUUCUGUGCGCGAGAUCGUGAAUCCGGGAAGUAUUGAGCAGUGCAAGGAUGUAUGUCGACAGUUCAAUUGUGAUGCAGUGAAUCUCCACCAGCUGGCCGACUCCUCCUAUAAAUGCAAUAUUUUGAUCACCUAUACCUUCAAGAUUGCACAUCGUACAGCAGCCUGCUUCUUGGCGACAGAUGUAGAUAGCUACUAUGUUCCAUUUUAA